AUGGAAAACAGAACUAUCCCCCAAUAUCCUGUUUUUAUUUUUCCAUUUUCCUUAGAAUUUGUCCAUGAAGAUCCAAGUGCUCAUAAGCGUUUGCUGGCUAUCUAUAACCCUUAUGACUUUAAAUUAAAAUUUAGAAUACUUUCUACAGCUUCCGAAAAAUAUACAGUUGUUGAACCAAAAGGAACAUUAGCCUCUAAGAGUAAAAUUGACAUAAUCAUUCGCCAUUUAAAGGCAAACAAAAAAAAUUAUAUUGGUAUUGUAGAUAAAUUAAGAGUUGAAAUAUCAAAUGCAACUACUGAUGAAUAUUUGGGUCAUCGUGAUUUAAAGUUAUCACUAGUUGAAAAAGCUUUCCCUAGUAAAAAUGAUGAGGGUGCAGCUAGCUAUUCUGAAAUAGAAAGUUCUGCAGCUGAUCUAAGGAGGAGGGGGGUAGCUUUAAGAAGAUCAAGAACAGGAAGUGUUGCAAGGGAAGAUGUUGUUUUAAAUGUUCCUCAUGAACAACCUAUGAAUAUACCCCAUUGGGUUUUAAUUAUAUUAAUAUUUUUUUGUUUCCUAACAUUAAUAUUGCCAGUUGAAAACGGAUAUCAAAAUACGGGAGAAACUUUUGAUUUGAAGACGGAAUCUUCAACUGUCAAAGAAGUUGUAGUACAAUUUUUUAAAAGAUGCACAACUACCAAUACACAAAAAUUAGUUGCAGCAUAUAUAUUGGGUAUUAUUUCUUGUUUAAUUAUAAAAAUGCAAUAA